CUGUGUCCAGUUUUCCUUAUGAGUUGGAUCAAGUAGACAUUAACUUCAAUUCUGUGGUUAAACUUCUCCUUGAUUUAGAUCCGCAUUCUUCACCCGGCCCGGAUGGCUUGCACCCCCUGUUCCUUAGGAUUGUGGCGCAAUACAUCGCCCCUCCUAUCUGUCAGGUUUUCCGUCUUUCUUUUGAAGCUGGGCGUCUCCCGUCGGCUUGGAAAGUGGGCAUUGUAAAACCCAUUUACAAAGGAGGGAACAGGCAAGAUCCAGCCAACUAUCGUCCUAUCUGCUUAACGUCGAUAUUAUGUAAAGUUAUGGAGCGGAUCUUGAAGCAGACUCUUCAUCUCUACCUCGAGGAACUGAAUCUCUUCUCUUGUGCACAGCAUGGUUUUCGAAGGGCACGCUCAUGUACCUCGAACUUACUAGUUGCUAAGGAGAAAUGGGCGAAAUCGCUAGAUUCCGGCAAACGCUUGGAUGUUGUGUUUGUGGAUUUCAGCAAAGCUUUCGACAGGGUCCCGCACGAACGACUUUUGUUUAAACUCCGAGGAAUCGGUAUUGCCGGGAAUCUUCUCUCCUGGAUCUCUGAUUUCCUUCGCGACCGUACGAUGCAGGUGCAAGUAAACGAUACAUUUUCCGCCCCUGUUCUCAUGACUAGUGGAGUCCCACAAGGUUCGGUCCUCGGCCCUGUGCUUUUCAACAUCUUCAUCAAUGACUUACCGUCAACACUCCAGGCGGAUUGCCUAAUCUACGCCGACGACUUGAAGCUGUGGAUGGAGGUAUCCAGUAUGGAAGAUGCUGACAGGUUGCAAUCGACACUUGACCUGCUACAUGAUUGGUCAAUUAAGUGGCAGUUGCCAAUGAAUCAUGAGAAGUGUUCAGUUCUCCCAGUUGGUGCGUCUGUCCCAUUUGGAAUCUACCAUAUUGGUGGUUCCUUGCUCAGAAACGCCACUCAGGAGAGGGAUUUGGGAGUUGUACUUUCGUCUGACCUCAAAUCUAAUGAAGAUACCAAGAAAAAGGUCGCUGCGGCCUACAGGAUGUUUCACUCUAUACGCAGAGCUUUCUCUCGCCUGACCCCGGGGAUCUUCCGACUCCUGUUUACUUCACAUGUACGCCCGCUUCUGGAAUACGGGCUACCUGCCGCCUACCCUCUUACGAAAUUCGAAUGUGAUAUGAUUGAAAAGGUUCAACGGCGUGGAUCCAAAUCUGUUGCUGAGCUGCGGGACCUGUCCUAUUCUCUCCGACUCAAACAACUGAACCUCUUUUCCCUGGAUUACCGUCGUCAUCGCGGAGAUUUGAUCUUCACCCGACGUAUUCUUAGAGGAGAGUUGGGGAGGGAAUUACAGGAAUUCUUUCAUCUCAACACAGAGAGUUCAACAAGGGGCCACAGUUUGAAACUGUUCAAACCGAGAAGUGAUCGAGUGCGAUCCAGCCUGGCUUUAUCCACUCGCGUUGUGAAUGACUGGAACCGCCUUCCGGAGUCCAUCGUCGUUGCCGAGACCGAGGAACGUUUCAAGCAUUUAUUGGACUCUCACUUUAGUUUACGGGGAUCCAGCUGUUUCCAAUGCAGCUUCAGCGCUUCUCUGUGGGACCUUGUUCCGCAAUGACGCAGGCUAUCUCCGAAACGAUCGGGAAGUGACGGAGCUGACAAAGGAACUUCCUUCUGCUCUCUAUUAUCCAAUGAUCCAAUGAUCCAAUGAC